AUGGGUGAGGUGGAGCUUAAAGAUCUUGUUGUGAUUAUUACAGGCGCCGGCGGAGGCCUUGGAAGACAGUAUGCGCUGAGCUUUGCCUCGCGCGGUGCCAAAGUCGUUGUCAACGAUUUAGGGGGCACGCUUGGCGGAUCGGGCACGUCCACGAAGGCUGCUGACGUUGUUGUCGACGAGAUUCGCGCGGAUGGCGGCACAGCCGUCGCCAACUACGACAACGUGGUGACUAAUCCUGAGGGAAUCGUUCGAACAGCUGUGGAAACAUUCGGCACGGUGCACGUCUUGAUCAACAACGCUGGAAUACUGAAGGACGCCGCUUUCAAAAACAUGACCGAAAAUCAGUUUCUCGAUGUUCUGGACGUCCACCUAAACGGAGCGUUCAAGCUCACCAAACUUUGCUGGCCGCUAUUCCGGCAGCAGAAAUUUGGCCGCAUCAUCAUGACAACGUCCCCCGCCGGUCUUUACGGCAACUUUGGACAGACAAACUACUCUGCUGCCAAAAUGGGGCUUGUGGGACUCGCAGAAACACUGGCCAAAGAGGGAGCAAAGUACAACAUCAAGGCAAACGCCAUUGCUCCGCUAGCCAAGUCCAGAAUGACGGAGACUGUCAUGCCACCAGACGUGCUGAAGAAACUGCUACCUGAAAAAGUGGCUCCUCUGGUUCUGUACUUGUCGUCCCGUGGUUGCAGCUGCUCCGGAUGCAUUUUUGAGGUGGCUGCUGGUCUGUUUGCGCAAAUCAGAUGGGAACGCAGUAGCGAUCUCUUGCUCAAGCCAGACGAGUCAUUUACACCGGAAGCCAUUCUUAACAGGUUCGCAGAGGUGACAAACUUCAAGAGUGCCCAGUAUCCUACUCAGCUAAAUGAUUACAAUUCUUUGCUGGAACAGACGAAAAAGCUUCCUCCAAACGACCAGGGAAAAACGAGACUUUCUUCUUUGAAAGACAAAGUGGUCAUCGUCACCGGCGCAGGUUCGGGCCUCGGAAGACACCACGCCUUAUGGUUUGCCAGGUAUGGCGCAAAGGUGGUGGUCAACGAUUUCCAGGACCCUACGGGCGUGGUGGAUGAAAUUCGGAAAGCUGGCGGCACCGCAGUAGGCGCUCGGUUCGACGUCUUCAACGAGGCGGACAAGAUUGUGAAGACCGCUUUGGACGCGUUUGGCACCGUCAACGUCCUCGUCAACAAUGCAGGCAUCCUAAGGGACCGCUCGUUCGCCAAGAUGUCGCAGCAGGAGUGGGAUCACGUGAUCCAAAUCCAUCUGGUGGCCACGUUCCGACUUUGCAAACUUGUGUGGCCUAUUUUCUUAGAGCAGAAAGGCGGCAGCAUCAUCAACACGACGUCGACCUCGGGAAUCUAUGGCAAUUUUGGCCAAGCUAACUACUCUGCAGCCAAGGCCGCUGUUCUCUCGUUCACGCGCAGUCUUUCUUUGGAAGGUGCCAAGGCCAACAUCCGGUGCAACGCGAUCGCUCCGCAUGCGGAGACUUCAAUGACGAAAACCAUCUUCAAGAGCGAUGAACUUAACAAGUUCAGUGCAGACCAGGUGUCACCGUUUGUUGUUCUUCUGGCGAGCGACGAGGUGAAGGUGAGCGGUGAGCUGUAUGAGGUUGGUGCGGGAUGGAUUGGCAAUACGCGGUGGCAGCGAGCCGUGGGUGCAGUUUCCCACGACGACCAUAUUGCACCGGAGUUCAUCGAACAGCAUUGGGCCGAGAUCACAGAUUUCAGCAAGGGCGUGAAUAUGAAGAGUGCGCAGCAGUCAGCAAUGGCUAUUCUGGAGAGUGUUGGCGGUAAGGACGAAGACGAAGAUGAGGAGGAAGAUGAGGAAGAAGAUGAGGGAGCGUCUGUCAAGACCGAUGGAUAUCGCUAUGAUCACCGUCAGGUGAUUAUGUACAAUUUGUCUGUUGGCUGUCACGCAGAAGAGCUCAAGUACGUGUACGAAAACGACGACGAUUUCCAGGCUGUUCCGACCUUUGGCGUGAUCCCGUUCUUGAAUGAGGGAUCAGACUCGUUUGAUUUCAGCGAUUUGGUGAAGAACUUCGACAUGACCAAGCUUCUUCAUGGAGAGCACUAUUUAAAGAUUGCCAAAGACAUUCCAACCUCUGGAAAACUCAAAACCAAAUCUUUCCCUGUUGCUGUGUUUAACAAGCACAAAAAUGGUAAGAAGAACAGUUUGGUGAUUGAGGGAUACGAAACAUACGACGAGAAGGGCGAGCUGGUAUUUUACAACCAAGGGUCGUAUUUCAUCCGGAACAGUGAGACGGCCAGUGGAAAAGAUGAAGUGUUUAGCAAGCGGUCAAUUCCGUUCUUGCAGAACAGCUUUGAGGCACGCGGCCGGCCCGAUGUUGAGUCCACGUACAAAACGUUUGCAGACCAGGCGGCAUUGUACCGUCUGAACGGAGACUUCAACCCAUUGCACAUCGACCCUGUCUUUGCUCGCGGCGGGAACUUUUCAAGACCAAUUCUACACGGACUGGGAACGAUGGGGAUCAGUGCCAAACUUCUGAUAGACCAUUAUGGCGUGUUUGACGAGAUCAAGGUGAGGUUCACCAACGUGGUGUAUCCUGGUGAGCAACUCAAAGUUCUGGGCUGGAAAAGCGGCCAGACGGUGACUUUCCAGACAUGGAGCGUCGACAGAAACUGCUUGGUGAUUGACCGCGCCGGAAUUCGACUCAAAGAAACAAGGUCCAAGCUGUGA